AUGGCUGUCAUUGCACCUUUGUUGAGCCAUGAUGUUAAUUUAGGAAGUUUUCUUAUUCUCUCCUCCUCCUCCUCUGCUCUCUUAUUCUCUCCUCCUCCUCUGCUCUCUUAUUCUCUCCUCCUCCUCUGCUCUCUUAUUCUCUCCUCCUCCUCUGCUCUCUUAUUCUCUCCUCCUCCUCUGCUCUCUUAUUCUCUCCUCCUCCUCCUCUUAUUCUCUCCUCCUAUUCUCUCUCUCUCCUCCUCUGCUCUCUUAUUCUCUCCUCCUCCUCUGCUCUCUUAUUCUCUCCUCCUCCUCUGCUCUCUUAUUCUCCUCCUCCUCCUCUGCUCUCUUAUUCUCUCCUCCUCCUCUGCUCUGUUCUCUCUCCUCCUCCCUCUCUCCUCUCUCCUCCUCCUCUGCUCUCUUAUUCUCUCCUCCUCCCUCUGCUCUCUUAUUCUCCUCCUCCUCCUCUGCUCUCUUAUUCUCUCCUCCUCCUCCUCUGCUCUUAUUCUCUCCUCCUCCUCUGCUCUUCCUCUCUCCUCCUCCUAUUCUCUCUCUCCUCCUCCUCUGCUCUCUUAUUCUCUCCUCCUCCUCCUCUCUUAUUCUCUCCUCCUCUCUUUAUUCUUCUCUCCUCCUCCUCUGCUCUCUUAUUCUCUCCUCCUCCUCCUCCUCCUCCUCUGCUCUAUUCUCCUCCUCCUCCUCUGCUCUCUUAUUCUCUCCUCCUCCUCUCCUCUUUAUUCUCUCCUCCUCCUCUGCUCUCUUAUUCUCUCCUCCUCCUCUGCUCUCUUAUUCUCUGUUCCAUUCAAAACAUUGUUUCAUUUCUGCUGA